AAUAUAGGACUGUAACAAGUGGGAUGCUCCUGGUGAGGCGAUGACGUGUACCGUGACGUCAUCAGAGUCCCCCCAACCCACCUCCAAUCCAUCCGCUUCCUCCUCUUCCUCCUCUUCCUCUUGCAUCCAGCAGCAUCGCGAAGCUCUCAGGCCGGCAGGAGUGCACCGAAGGCGGCCGCCGUCGUGUCCGUGCUGUCAACUGUUGAUUACUGGCCGACGUCAAUGACUCUUGGAAGGUUUAUGAACAAGCGUGUUCCUUCAAACAAGAGAUACCAGCCCACAGACUACGAGCACGCAGCCAAUUGCGCCACACAUGCGUUAUGGAUCAUCCCGAGCCUGCUGGGCAGCUCGCUGCUGCACUGCCAGUCGGAGGACCAAUGGGAGCGAGUGUCGGCCUGGGUGUACGGGGCCGGACUCAGCUCACUCUUCACAGUCUCCACACUCUUCCACACCGUGGCCUGGAAGAAGAGCCACCUACGGGAUGUGGAGCACUGUUUCCACAUGUGUGACAGGAUGGUGAUCUACUUCUUCAUUGCCGCCUCUUACGCACCUUGGCUGAACCUGAGGGAACUCGGACCCUGGGCGAGCCACAUGCGCUGGCUGGUGUGGGUCAUGGCGCUGUCGGGGACCACCUACGUCUUCUUCUUCCACGAGAGGUACAAGAUCGUGGAGCUGAUCUGCUACACUGUGAUGGGCCUCUUCCCCGCCUUGGUCAUCCUCUCCAUGCCGGAACAGGCGGGCUUGCGCGAGCUGCUGCUGGGUGGCACCUUCUACUGUCUGGGCAUGGUGUUCUUCAAGAGUGACGGCAUCGUGCCUUUCGCCCACGCCAUCUGGCAUCUCUUUGUGGCCACCGGUGCCGCGGUGCACUACUACGCCAUCUGGAAGUACCUCUACGCGAUGCCCGCCAACCCGGUCCAAACCUCCAGAUGACAACGCCGCUGAGGGAGACCCCCCCUCAGCCACCACUACGGAACAUUCCGGUCCAUUCCCAAGUCACUGUGGUUUGUCCUCUGGGAGAAGCUGCAUGUCACAUUCAGUGUCUUUUGUGUCAAUUGUUUACAAUGUGCUGGAGUAGCAGGCGCUGCUCAACUGGUUGCACCAUGAGGUUAUUUAUUUAUGUAUUUAUGUUGUGUAUUAUUUCUAGAGUUUCUUUUUUUUCCCUUACGGUGCAAUGUGGCCGGUAUUCAUGACGAACUUGCAAAGAGCAAUGGGGUUACAGUAAUUGUAUGAAACCUCUACACAACAAUGUGUGACCGAUUUCAUUAUUUCUUUUACAAUGUGAUUAUUUCUAGUGCUUGUGUUUAUUUCUAUUGUGCAAGGUGGCCAGUAAUCAUAAAUAACGUAAACGAUUGCAAUUACAGUACUGGUGAGAAAGGGCUACGUGUGACCAUUCAUGGCGUGGACUUGUUUAUUUAUUUAUUUAUUUUUUACCCAGUGGAUUAUUUCUAGUCAUUCACUAUUUCUAUUGCGCAAAGUACGCGGUAUUCAUGAUUGCCUUCCAAGAAACAAUUGCAUUACAAUUGUAUGACACAUCUGCACGACAAUGUGUUACUGAUUUAUUUUUUACUCUGUAAAUUAUUUCUAAUUGUUCACUUUGUUUCUAUUGUGCAAAGUCACAGUUAUCAUGACUAACUGGCGAGGAACGACCGCUUUACAGUAAUUGUAUGACAUGUCUACAAAACAAUGCGUCACAGAAUUUUUUUCUGAAUUCUGUGGAUUAUUUCUCGUGGUUCAGUCAUUUGUAUUGUGCAAGGUCGCAGAUAUCGUGACCGACUGCCGAUUGCAUGACAGUAAUUGUGUGACACUACUCCAUGGGGAUGUGUUGCCAAAAUUUUUCACUCUGGAUUAUUUUUUAGUUGUUCACUUCAUUUCUAUUGUGAAGAACGUAACUGGUGAAGAACGAUUGCUCUACAGUUAUUGUAUGCCAUGGAUACGUGACGAUGUGUGAUCGAUUGUAUUUAUUUUUUUUACUAUGUGCAUUAGUUCUAGUGGUUCACUUUAUUUCUAUUGUUUAAGGUGGCUGUUAUGGAUAACUGGCCAGUAACGAUCGCAUUACAGCAAUUGCUUGACACGUUUCUAAAAUGGUGCGUGACAAAAAUUAUUUUCCUUUCUCUGUGGAUUAUUUCUAGUGGUUCUGUUAGUUUUCAUCGUGCAAGAUGGCGGUUAUCAUGAAUUGCGGGUUAGAGAAGCCAUUUUAUUAAUUAUAUGAUGUGUCUGUGCUUAACCCAAGGGGCCAUGGACUUUUUUUGGACUCUGUAGAUUAUUUCUAGUUGUCCAGUUUAUUUCCAUUGUGCAAGGUGCCGGUAACUGGUAAUUGUACGCCACGUCGAUGUGCCAAGGAGUGUUUUUUGAGUGUGGGUUAUUUCUUGUCAUUCUGUUUAUUUCUAUUGUGCAAGGUGGUGAGUAAUCAUGAAUAACUCAAACGAUUGCAAUAAUAGUAAUUGUACGACAUGUCUGCAUCGGGCCGAUCGGCCGUAAACUUUUAUUAUUAUUAUUAGUUUACUCUGGAUUAUUUCUAGCGGUUGUGUUUAUUUCUAUUGUGCAAAAUGGCCUUCAAAUGAGCGUGGCCGCAACCCACCAAUUGAGAACCACCGUACUAUAGUGUCAUCACUGUGUUUUUCUUGAUCUAUUAUUUCAAACACGAGUGCUUCUUACUUUUUUGGUUUUGUUUUGUUUUGUUUUUUGCAGUGAUUUUAGUUUUCCGUUGAUUUAUGAAUGGAGCAUGAGAUUGGUUUUAAUAUUUAAUGGUCAACUCAUUAUAUUCAGAGAGAAGUUUUCACCAGUGUGCUUCCAUUUUAAAUUGACAAUGUAACACAAUGUAAAGUUACAUGAAGUAUAUAUUUAGGUGUUUAUUAUGUUACAAAUCGACACUGCCAGAUGUUUUUUUUUUGUUUUUGUUUUUUUUACCGCCGCAAGUGACAGCACACGGCGAUGAAAACAGCAAAGGUUUUAGAACACCUUCAAUGCGUUGACAAAAACCUUCAACGCUAAAUGUCACAUUUCCACAGCCUUGGUAUACAGAGUGAUGACGUUGUCAGCCUUUCAAUGCAACCUUCGAAGGACAUUUUUCAAGGAGCCUUUGAAUUGGGACUUUUAUGCUGUGCCUUCAAAAGCAGCCUACGAUGUCAAAUACAGUCUCCAAGGGACGUAUUUGCAGGAGUCUUUGAUUUGGGUUAUUUGGCCUACAUUAAUGACAUCUUCGGUCAUCAAAUGCAGCCUUUAAAGGACGCGUUAGUCUAUGAUUAAAGAGAUUUUUUUGUGUCGUAAGCAUGAAUUUUGUCCCUCAAUGGCCUUGAAAUGCAGCCUCCAAAGGAUGCAUUUGAAGGGGCAUUUGCUUUGAUGUCAUUAGCCUUCAAAUGCAUAAAUUUAUAAAUUUAAGGAUAAAUUUGGAUACAUUUGAUUUGGGAUGUUUGUGGCGCGCUGCAACGUCAUUAUACUCCAAGUGUGGCCUCGGACGGACGCAUUUGAUUAUCACGUCAUCUGCCUUCAAUUGCAUCCUUCGACUGACACGUUUGAAAGGAGGCUUUAAUAUGUUAUGUCUACGCCCAUCACUGGCCUUCAAAUGCAGCCUCGGAAGAAUGCAUUUGAUUUGGCAUGUUUGUGCCGCGCUCUAACAGCAUUGUCAUUCAAGUGCAGCCUCCACAGGGCACAUUUGGACAACGUUGUUGGGCUUCAAAUUGAGCCUCUGAAGGAUAUUUUGAUUUGGGUAAUUUAUGCUGCUUUAGCAUGUCUGCGAAGGAUUCAUUCGAAAGGAGCUUUUGAUUUGUAACGCUUGUGCAGUGCCCAUCAUCGGCCGUCAAGUGUAGCCUCCAAAGGACACAUUUGAAGGAGCCUUUGAUUUGGACGACGUCAUCGGCCUUCAAACGUCAUCUCUGAAGGAGCCUUUUAUUUGGGAAGCUUGCGCUGCAUUUUAGGUCAUCUGCCUUCAACUGCAGCCUUCGUAGCAUGCGUGUAAAAGAAGCCUCUGAUUUGUGAUAUCUGUUCUCGUCAUCGACCUUCAAAUGCAACCUUUGAAGGAGCCCGUGACUUGGACUGUUCGAGUCGUAAUACAGCACAGAUGUCAUUCAUGGGCCUUCAAAUGUGUUUCUAAGGCUGCAUUUGAUGUCGUUCAAAUCAAAGGUUCCUUUAAAUCUGUCAUCUGCCGACAAAUGCAGUUUUGUCUCUUUUUCGGAGGCCUGCUGUUGCUUACAAGCUUGCUGAUUGGCCCUCCUUUGUAGGACGGAUGUUUCCUUUAGGUGUUCUAAUACCUUCAACAUGCUGUUUCCCUGCUGAAUGUGAAAGCAAAGCGAAUCUACAUACAGUAUAUACAGUAUGUGUUGUUGAACAAUCUCUAUGAUGGCAUCUCAGGUGUGUGCGUGUUAAACCAUCCCACUCAUGAAUCCAAAGCCUCUGGUCUAUGUUUACAUGGAAAGCAUGACUUCUCAAAGAAAACUAUACACACACACACACACACACACACACGUAUAUGUAUGUGCGUAUGCGUGUGUGUGCGCGUCUGUGUGUGUGUGUGUGUGUGUGUGUACACACUGUACAUAUUUCAGUGUUGCAUUACUGCAUACUUGGACAAGUCUGGGGAAAUAUCUCUAAUGUAUUGUCUGCUUCCCUUUAACACCACAUUCCAAAGUGUA